AUGGACACCAGGAGCUACUCCAGCCCUCCAGACAGGCUCUCCGUCUUCUCCGAGUCUGCCCACUUGCCACUGUCCAGGCCCUUCUACCUGGACCCCAUGGUCACUGUCCACCUGUGCCCCGAGGCCCCGGUGCCGAACCCUUACGCGGACGAGCUGCCUCUGCUGCCCUUUUCCAGCGAUACUCUGAUCAUGGACAAUUAUGGGGACCCGUACCCCUUCCCCUUCCCCAUGCCUUACCCCAACUACAGGCGCUGUGACUACGCCUAUGGGCCGGCCUUCAUCCGCAAGAGGAAUGAGCGAGAGAGGCAGCGAGUCAAGUGUGUGAACGAAGGCUACGCCCGGCUACGGCGGCACCUGCCCGAGGACUACCUGGAGAAGCGACUCAGCAAAGUGGAGACCCUCAGAGCAGCCAUCAAGUACAUCAGCUACCUGCAGUCUCUCUUGUACCCGGAUGAGACUGAGGCCGAGAGGAACCCUCGAACCACCAGCUGCGGCCCCCUAGACCCACCUCUGAGAGUCAUUUGA